AUGGUCAGCGUGCUCAGUGAACGGCAAAAGGAUGAGCUGCAAGUCCUACCACUCUCUCACACCCUUGCCGCGUCAGGUCCAAGCCCUAACCCCUUCUUUGCUUUCUCCCCGACUCCCUCGACCCCUCGCAGCCACAAGUCCAUGCUGGACUACCUCAAUACGAUCGGAUACACGCAAACGUUCGCUGUCCUCAAGGAGGAAGCCAACUUAGCUUCAUUCGAGAUCGAUCCCAAGGCCAAACAUUCAGGGCUGUUGGAGAAGAAGUGGACCAGUGUUAUCCGACUGCAGAAGAAGGUCAGAGAUGCCCAAACCCACCACGACACCCACAGGGCAGCCAAGCUGAACCAACCGUUCUUGGCGACGGCUUUCCCGAUAGAUCAUGGAGCUCGAGACACGGAAUGCACAGCUCCAGGAUGAGCUAUCGACAGCACCCUCAAGGCGACCCUCGGCGUCCUCCCCCGAUUGGCUGCCCCGAGCACCAGCACGGCAUUCGCUUGCAGGACAUCGUUCGCCCGUGACACGAGUCGCCUUCCACCCCUUGUUCAGUCAGGUCGUCUCAGCCUCCGAAGACUCGACUAUCAAGGUCUGGGACUGGGAGACGGGUGAUUUCGAACGCACUAUCAAAGGCCACACCAAAGCCGUGCAGGACGUCGACUUCGAUUCCAAAGGCAACUUCCUCGUCUCGUGUUCGUCCGAUUUGACGCUCAAGGUCUGGGACACCAACAACGAUUGGAAGAACGUCAAGACGUUGUAUGGCCAUGAUCAUUCGAUUAGCUCAGCGAGAUUCUUGCCCAACGACGAUUUCAUCAUCUCGGCGAGUCGGGAUCGGACCAUUCGGGUGUGGGAGGUCGCGAGUGGGUGAGUGAUUGACCUUGCAUCGGAUUCACUCCGCGAAGGCUCUUGCUGAUUACCCCAUCCCUCCAUCGCUUAGAUUCUGUGUCAAGACUUUCUCGGGUCAUGCAGAUUGGGUUCGGAGCGCGUUGCCGAGUUCGGACGGGAGGCAGCUCAUCAGUUGUUCGGUGGACCAGGUCAGUCCAUGAUACCGUCUACUCCAAAACUAUCAUUGGUACUGAUUAAUCUGGUGGACCAUAAUUUCAGACUUCGAGAAUAUGGGAUGCUCAGACAGGGGAGACCAAGACGGAGCUGAGGGGGCACGACCAUGUAAUUGAGGUCGCCGUCUUCGCACCUAUCGCCGCAUAUCCAGCAAUCCGUGAACUGGCAGGAUUGACGGUACGCAUCUAUCCACUUCCCUAAAUCCAACUGGAACGACGAUGCUGAUAGCCUUGCUCCUUCACUGUAGUCACCCAAGGGAGCUGAUGCCAAGACUGUGGGGGCAUUCGCGGCGACGGGGUCGAGGGACAAGACGAUCAAGCUGUGGGACACACAGAGUGGGCAAUGCCUCAAGACCUUUGUCGGGCGUAAGUUCUUCUGCUAACAGGUGCAGGAUAUUCACCUCCGCCCGAAUCUGACGUUCGCAAGUGUUUACUUACAGACGACAACUGGGUUCGGGCUCUGGUGUUCCAUCCGUCGGGCAAGUUCCUACUCUCAGCAUCGGACGACAAGACGAUCCGCACAUGGGAUUUGGUGACAGGGAGAUGCAGUAAGACACUCGAGGCACACUCACAUUUUGUCACAUGUCUUGCUUGGGGACGAGCACCCGCGCCUGGGAGUUCGUCGACAGCCACGAACGGGACGACGACAAAUGGUAUGGGCAAGAAUGGGACUUCCGAGGCGUCAACCGAAACAAUUCAGUAUGUCAACGUUGUUGCGACGGGAUCGGUCGAUCAGUCCGUCAAGGUCAGUACACUCUUCAUUCACAAUAUGGUAUGA